AUGAAAUUGCUCAUUGCUUUCUUUCUGCUGAUUGUUCUGAUUAUAUUCCAGGAACUAAUUUCUUGUUUCUCCUUAAAUAUAUCUGCGUCUCCUGGCUACUAUCAAGAUGGAGAUUUUGUUAUUGGAGGACUCUUUUCCCUUAGAGUGACUGCUGGAGACACUAGAAGUAGAUUUGGCUUUACAGAUAUAAACCAUAUUCCAGAACAUGUUUAUGUGGAUCUCACUAAACAUUAUCAGCACAUGUUGGCAAUGGUUUUUGCUAUAGAAAAAAUCAACAAGGAGCCAAAUAUUCUAUUCAACAUGUCCCUGGGAUUUUACCUCUUCAAUGUUGACUUUAUUGAGAUGAAGGCCGUGGAGAGUUCUAUGGCUCUGCUCUCAGGAGAGAGCCCACCAAUUCCUAACUACAGCUGCAGGCCUGAGAAGACUGAUAAGCUGGUUGCUGUGAUAGGAGGCAUUUCAACAGGAAUAUCAACUCAGAUCUCCCGAGUUCUAAGUCUCUACAAUAUCCCACAGAUCAGCUAUGCUCCUUUUGACCAGAGUCUUGGGACCAGAGUCCAGCUCCAGUCUCCUUACCAGUUUCCUGUGCACACCACAGCUCUGUAUCAGGGAAUUAUUCAACUGCUGCUAUACUUCUCUUGGGUCUGGGUUGGUCUGGUGGUUCCAGAUGAUAUGAGGGGAGAACUCUUCCUUAGGGACAUCACAGAGCAGAUGACCAAACAUGGACUUUGUGUUGCAUUUGCAGAAAAGGUUCCAGAAUUUCCUGCUAAAGACACAGUAAACAGGGGACUUUUUAUGGAAAGAUUCACACUGACACGUGUUAUCGUUGCAUUUGGUGACACAUACUCUCUUCUGAGAUUUGUCUAUAACACCUUCUGCAAUACUCCUUUUGGUAAUGUCUGGAUCACAACUUCUGAUUGGGAUAUCACCAUAAUACCCUUUGAACAAGAUCUAGGUUAUACAUUCUUUGGUGGAGGAUUAUCAUUUUCUGUUCACACAGAUCAAAUUCUGGGAUUCAAGGAUUUUCUCGGAAGUGUCCAACCUAGAAAAUACCCUCAUGAUACCUUUAUCCAGGAUGUGUGGUCGAUCAUAUUUGAAUGUCCAUAUUUUGAUCAGCACUGGAUCAGGGAACUACGCCAAUGUGAGCAAAAUGGCAGCCUGAGCACACGACCUCUGCAUGUUUGGGAUAUGAACACCUCACCCCCGAGCUACAAAGUCCAUGCUGCUGUGUAUGCCAUUGCCCAGGCACUGCAUGAGGAGCUGUCACUCAGAGUGGAAGGAGGCUCUCUUGAUAAAGGUGUAUCCUGGGCUCCUCUCCCAUGGAAGCUUCAUCCAUUCUUACAAAAGGGCCAACUUGGUAGAAGCUCUAAUGAGGAGACCAUUGUGAGCAAGGAGGUUUCAGCAACCAAGCUUGACAUCCUUAAUUACCAGUCUCUGCAGAGCGGUACCAAAGCUCAAGUGAAAGUUGGCGAGUUUGUCUUUGAAUCUCAGAGUGUUCAGCAUCUUUCCUUAAAUGACAAACUCAUAACUUGGGGUGAACACCUCAAUCAGACUCCUGUAUCUGUCUGCAGUCAAAGUUGUCCACUUGGAUUUAGGAAAACACCUGUUGAGGGGAAACCAUUCUGUUGUUUUGAUUGUGUCCUGUGUCCAGAUGGAGAGAUUGCAAAUGAAACAGAUAAGGAUCAAUGCAUCAAGUGUCCUGAAGAUCAGUAUCCAAAUAAGCAGAGGAAUCAGUGUCUCCCUAAAAUUACAACAUUUUUGUCCCAUGAAGAUACUCUGGGAGCUGUUUUGACUUCUGUGGCCAUUAGUUUAGCUGCCUUUUCAGCCAUGAUUUUAGGAUUAUUUAUCCACUAUCGGGACACACCCAUUGUCAGAGCAAAUAACAGAAAUCUCAGUUAUCUCCUCCUAGUUUCUCUAAUGCUCUGUUUCUUUUGCUCAUUGCUAUUCAUUGGCCAACCUAGCACAGUCACUUGUGUCUUGAGACAAGUGAUGUUUGGGGUUGUAUUUUCUGUUGCUGUUUCUGCUAUCUUGGCAAAGACCUUCAUUGUGGUUGUGGCCUUCAAAGCCAUCAAACCAGGAAGCACCUUACAAAUGUGGAUGGUGACCCGACUCUCAAAUGCUAUAGUGUGCUGUGGUUCCAUCAUUCAAGUGUGCAUCUGUGCAGUCUGGCUGGGAACAUAUCCCCCUUUCCCUGACGUUGACAUGCAGUCAGAGAUUGGGCAAAUCAUCCUCUGGUGUAAUGAGGGGUCUACCCUUGCUUUCUACUGUGUUCUGGGAUACUUGGGCUUUCUGGCCAGUCUGAGCUUGCUUAUUGCUUUUCUGGCAAGAAGGCUACCUGACAGCUUCAAUGAGGCAAAACCAAUCACGUUCAGCAUGCUGGUUUUCUGCAGUGUGUGGAUUUCUUUUGUACCUGCUUACCUGAGCUCCAAAGGCAAAACCAUGGUGGCUGUGGAAAUUCUUUCAAUUCUGGCCUCCAGUGCUGGCUUACUGGGCUGUAUAUUUCUUCCCAAAUGUUAUGUGAUCUUACUGAGGUCAGGUGGCCAUUCUAGAAAGAAUUUGUUUAAAUGA